GCCGGGAAGGCUGUGGGCACAUCGGUUCCGGCUGAGUGGGCGGAGUCGCGCGUGCGCACUACGCAGCCCUGGUGGGAGCUGCGGUUUGGCGUUGCUGUUUCUAUCCCCUUUUCCGUCCCCGACUCGGGUUUGUGUGGUGCUGGCAGCGGCGUCCUCUUGCAUCAGUCGGCGGGCCGCACGCACGUGGAGGCCUCUGGGGAACGGAGACGCACUCAGAACAUGGCUGAAAACCGAGAACCUCGAGGAGCCGGCGACACCGAGCUGGACCCGGUGGAGUACACCCUUCGGAAACGGCUUCCCCACCGCCUGCCCCGGAGGCCCAACGACAUAUAUGUCAACAUGAAGACUGAUUUUAAGGCCCAGUUAGCUCGCUGCCAAAAGUUGCUGGACGGAGGUGCCAGGGGGCAGAACGCAUGCACCGAGAUCUACAUUCAUGGCCUGGGUCUGGCCAUCAACCGUGCCAUCAACAUCGCCCUGCAACUGCAGGCAGGCAGCUUUGGGUCCUUAGAAGUUGCUGCCAAUACGUCCACCGUGGAGCUGGUGGAUGAACUGGAACCGGAGACUGACUCCCGAGAACCAUUGACUAGGAUCCGGAAUAACUCAGCCAUCCACAUCCGGGUCUUCAGGGUCACGCCCAAGUAAUUGAAGUGAAUCCGAGACACAUUCACCAACUCCUUGAGCACACACAUCUAGUUCUUAUGUGGCUGAUGUGGUUCGUGUUCCAAGUUCAGUAAUGGACUGCUUUGCAGAACCUUGUAAGAAAAGCCUAGAGGGCUGAGAGGUACUGUGUCUUGGACUCAAGAAUUGAAUCAUGCUGUACAAUAAAAGUUCCAGUUGUGUUGGUGCCCUGCUUCUAACA